AUGUUGGCAGGACGUGCCCUGCCCGGUGUGUUCAACUGGAAUCUAGUCGGCUGUUUUCCCUACAUCAAAUAUCACUGCACAAAGAGGCCAGUCCAAGACCUCAGCGCUGAGAACAGGCUGCGGUUUGUGAAUCUGAUGAGCAAACGAGUAGAUUCAUCUCUUUUAGGUAUUCCAUGUGUGUUGUACGGCAUCGCAGCUAUUGCACUUAUCAAACACACUGAGACCAUUGAAGACGAACAGACAAAGAAAAUUGUUCGAAUACAUUUUCUCAUCAAAGAAGAUCAUAACUGA